GUACCCAGAGAAUGGCAUAGUAGAAAUGGACACCAGUAAUCUUCGACCCCGGGCAAGAACCAUCCUGAAGUGGAGUGAACUAAAAGUGGGUGAUGUGGUGAUGGUUAACUACAAUGUUGAGACUCCAGAAGAAAGAGGAUUUUGGUUUGAUGCAGAAAUUACCUCUUUGAGAGAAAUCUCAAGGACUAACAAAGAGGUUCAUGCUAAAAUUCUGCUGGGAGGCCCAGAAGACACAAUAAAUGAUUGUAAAAUCCUUUUUAUAGAGGAAAUGUACAAGAUUGAAAAGCCAGGAGCCUAUCCGUUGACAUUUGGGGAUGGAGAUUUCAAAAGAAAAAGUGGCCCUGAAUGCAAGCACUGUAGGGCUGAUCCAGAUAAGGAGUGCCGUUUUUGUUCGUGUUAUUUGUGUGGUGGAAAACAGGAUGCUCACAUGCAACUCCUGUGUGAUGAAUGUAAUAUGGCCUAUCAUAUAUACUGCCUGAACCCUCCCUUAAGCAAGAUACCAGAAGAUGAGGACUGGUAUUGUCCUUCCUGCAAAAAUGAUUCUAAUGAAGUUGUAAAGGCUGGAGAAAAGCUCAAACAGAGUAAAAAGAAAGCAAAGAUGCCAUCUGCCAGUACUGAAAGCCAGAGAGACUGGGGCAAGGGCAUGGCCUGUGUUGGUCGCACUAAGGAAUGCACUAUUGUUCCUUCAAAUCAUUAUGGACCUAUACCUGGUGUUCCUGUUGGGACAACCUGGAAAUUCAGAGUUCAGGUGAGUGAAGCAGGUGUUCACAGACCACACGUGGGUGGAAUCCAUGGACGCAGUAAUGAUGGAGCUUAUUCACUUGUAUUAGCUGGAGGAUUUGAAGAUGAAGUG